GUCAGCUGGAGUUGCGAGAGUAAGGCGAGAGGAUAAAGAGCAUCGUGCAAAAGGAAAAAGACAUGGCGCUGCCAACCGCCGAGACUCUAUCUAGAGUCGCUAGCGAAUCCGCACAGUCCUUCGUGGAGCACUUCUACGACGCGCUGGACAAGCGGCGCCCGCUGGCGCCCUUCUACGCGUCGACGUCGGCGCGUCUGGCCGGCGCCGGCGUGAAGCCCGACAUCAGCAUCAACGGCAAGGUGCUCAGCCCGGACGGGGGCGUCGCCGAGUACGAGGCGAUGCUGGACGCGCAGGGCCGCCCGGUGGCGUACGAGGUGACCUCGUUCGACGCGCACCCCGUCGUGCCGCACUACGUCCUCGGCGAGCCCGACCCCGCCGGCGGCAGCAGCAGCGCCAAGGUCAAGGACGGCGACGCGAUGAGCUUCGCCGUCCAGGUCAGCGGCGUGGUGAAGUACGGGCGCGGCGGCGGCGGCGGCGGCGCCAACAGCGGUGCGAAAGACGGCAGGGGCGCCAUCUUCGGCGGCGGGAGCAAGGCCGACGUGGUGGAGAAGGGCUUCAACGAGGCCUUCCUGCUGGUCCCGCACUGGGAGGCCUGGGCCCGGAACGCGCCCAGGAACCUCAGAAAGUGGGUGAUUGUCAGCCAGAACUUCCGGGCCCUGUGAUGAUUGGGAGGAGGAGGAGGAGGAGGAGGAGGAGAAGUAGGAGGAGUAGUAAAUAUCGGCCAAACUCACAUGCGAUGGAGAGGGGAGAUGAGACAUGCGAACAGGUGGAUCGUAUCAAUAGUAGCGGCAGCCACACAGCCGGCACACGCACACCCGUGAGAAGCGGAUAGGGUCAAGGAUGCUAGACCGCAUGUCGCGGUCAACACUACAGAGGAUUCCACGUAGCACGGAGGGAAGCUAUAGGAGAAUGCACGCGUGCGCAUAUCUUCGCAUUAUGGGGUAGGAGACAUACAGGGAAGACCACAAAAUGAUAGACUUAUUUUCCCUGCC